UGUUUUGCAGGCCAUCAUGAGAGGCGAACUAGAAGUUCUGAAGGAUUGGUGUUAUGAAGCAACCUACAGCCAGCUUGCACAACCCAUCCAGCAAGCCAAAGCCAUGAACCUUCAGUUCCGAUCCAAAAUACUCGACAUUGACAACAUUGAUCUGGCUAUGGGGAAAAUGAUGGAGCAGGGACCUGUUCUAAUAAUCACCUUCCAGGCUCAGCUUGUCAUGGUCAUCAAGAACCACAAUGGAGACGUGGUGGAGGGCGACCCGAGACGAGGGAUUGAGGGUUGCAGUGAGAAGCCAGGGUG